AUGCUCGAAGACCUCCCUAUCGAGAUCCUCACUCAGAUAACGGCCUACCUCCCCAGCGCCCAAGCCGUAGCGAACCUAUCCCAGAGCUGCCACCGCCUCCAUGACUUCGUUAGCAGAGAGGGCUGGAAAGUCUUCAUACGCACCCGGUUUCCCUCAGCGGCACUUGCUCCACAACAUGGAGAAGUCGCGCACUCCCUCACGACUCUAUCCCGCAACUGGGACCGCCGAGCCUUCGUCAGUAGCUACAUCGAGCCCGCGGGAUCAAUCACAAAUCUAAACAAAUGGGAGUACAUCCCGCGGUGGGAGAGGCCGCGGGGCCAGACGAUGGGCUACCGGCCCGUCAUCGACAGCUACGAAGAGUGGUCUGGGGGCAGCUGGACCGACAGACGGGAGAUUGUGGCAUGGAGCGCGGGGGCAGAACUGGUCAUCAGGGCGAAGCACAUGGGCAAACAGAUCUUGGAGUCUUGGGAGGAGAGCUCCGCAGAAGCGCGCGAGGACGACAUCAUGGCCGUGAAGGUCCUGAGGCCGUCGCAGAAGGAAUCUGGGGACAGCGGCGUCGAAGAGAUCAUGUUUGGGACGGCGAAUGGAGAGCUGAACCUGCUCUAUGCGGGGUUGACGGACAAGUCGAAGAUGGCGAAGAGGGUGUAUGCGACGAAUGGUCGGCAGGUUAGAUCCGCUGAUGUCUCGCCUUCGACGGCCCCCAUACUGGCCGCCGCGCUCUCAGAUGUCGAUAUUGCACUCUACCCUGUGCACGGUAAAUCCUCAGCCUGGGCGCUGAAUCCUGUCAGCGACACCAGAGUUUGUGAUGGCUCGAACGCCUGCCGCGUUUGGUCUACCCGUUUUCUAUCUGAAGACAGCUUGGCAGUUGGCUUGGGCCCUUCAAACACACCACUGCACGUCUACGGAAUAAUACCUAGCGGUCUGAGCAGAGAGCCGAUUCGCAAGUUCGGAGAGGAAAACGAGCCAGCGACUCAGGCAACAGUCUAUCCAAUUGUUCCUUUGCCAGGGUCGUCUCAGGCGAGCAACAGCCCAGGGCAGGUUUUCCUGAGCGGCAGCUAUGGCGGUGUCAUUCGACUUCACGACAUGCGCUCUCCUCGCUUCUCCGAGUCGUUCUACGUCGACGAAGGAGAUUCCUCAGCCAUAUACUCCCUUCAGCCUAUCGCACGGGAGCGUCUGGUAGCCGGGACCUCGCGUCACAGCACUCUCAAGAUAUUCGAUCUUCGCGUCCAGGGAGGUCGCGCGUACUCCUAUCUCGACGCCCGUCCUUCGUCACCGGAAAGAGCGAAAUCCCGGCCCCAAAUAUCGCCUACAAAACCCCCGUCGAAUGAAGCAGACAAGCCACCCUUACUGCACGACCCGUCCUCCGCUUGGUCCCUCUUCCUCAACCCCCAAAACAGCACUAGAGGUGCCAACCGCGGCUCGCGCCGCUCGAGACGGAGCGUCGAGUCCCCCGUCUAUUCAAUCUCCUCGCCUUCAUCCACCUCGCCUAGUCUAUUCGCAGGCGUGGAGGGCAGUGUUGUACAGCUCGAUAUGACCUCCGUCCUCGACGAGCAUCCCGACCCGGUCUUCCAGGGCGAGUCAGUGCAUGCAGCGCGAGAAGCCCACGGUGCUGGCAUGGGAAGGAGCAGGGCGGUUGAUGUCAGGCAGCGCUGGGAUCCGAAGGGCGAUGUGCUGAACUUGGCCAUGUUCAGUCAAACGGAUGGGCAGAUGAAACUCAGAGUGCAGAAGAGCGUCGGAGAGACGAGUAGGAGACGGGAGGCUGCGGAGGGGAUGGAGGGCUUGGACGAGCGGUGGGGCUCGGCGUAG